CCCCAAAAGUGAGUGGAGGUGAUCAGAGCCACAGAGGCGCCGCGGUGUUGCUGAGCUGCUCUGAGGAAAUACACCAGUGGACUAACGCCGAGAGACGCUUUUUUUUCACCAUUAUUUAUUCUUUUUUUUUUAAAGAAAGAAAUUAUAUUGAAAAGAAAAAACCAACCCACUCUAUGAGGCUUCUUUUUCUCAAAGUGAACCCUGGGAACUUCAGUCUUUUUCUCGUUUUUUUAAAGGAUGUAUUAUUGCUGACGUUUUGAACGCAGGAGAUGGAUAAGAUGUCCACAGAUAUGAGGGAUUACAGAUUUUGGUUAGUGCUGUCAGUUUUGGGACUUGUGCAGAUCGGUGAAGGACUGCGCUGCGUGGACACACACAGACCAUGUGAAAAUGGAGGAAUGUGCAUUGACUCGAGAUGCAUGUGCCGACCCGGGUACAUUGGACCACUGUGCCAACACCUGGACCCAUGCCAUCUCUCACCAUGUCUAAAUGGAGCUGCAUGCAAAAGUCAAGUGGCGAACAGUAUCCCACAAUAUACCUGUGUUUGCCAGAGAGGCUUUAGAGGACAAGAUUGCUCUAUGAUCGAUGCCUGUGCCACAAGCCCGUGUGCUAACGGUGCCCGCUGCACCAAUUGGAAUAACCACUACAACUGUUCCUGCCCACCCGGCUAUCAGGGCAAGAACUGCCGCAAUGACAUUGAUGAGUGCCGCAAGUCAGGAAAGUGCCUGAAUGGAGGCAACUGUGUAAACACACAUGGCUCGUUUGGCUGCGAGUGCCUUCCUGGUUACAGCGGGCGCACGUGUGAGGUGCUCACUCAGCCCUGCGCGCCAUCCCAGUGCCUCAAUGGGGGAACCUGCCAUCAAACUGGUGACCACACUUACGAAUGCGCUUGCCUGCCAGGAUUCGGUGGCCUUAACUGUGAGGUGAAUGUGGAUGACUGUCCUGGCCACAAGUGCAUGAACGGUGGGAUUUGUGUAGAUGGAGUCAACACCUACAACUGCCAGUGCCCACCUGAGUGGACAGGUCAGUACUGUGCUGAGGAUGUAAAUGAGUGCUUAAUGCAGCCGAACGCCUGCCACAAUGGUGGCACAUGUUUUAACACCAAUGGCGGCCAUACAUGUGUGUGUGUAAACGGCUGGACUGGCAACGACUGCAGUGAGAACAUCGACGACUGCGCCACUGCUGUAUGCUUUAACGGAGCCACAUGUCAUGACCGUGUAGCAUCUUUCUUCUGCGAGUGUCCAGUGGGCAAAACUGGUCUGCUAUGCCACCUGGAUGAUGCCUGUGUCAGUAACCCCUGCAAUGAAGGUGCAGUGUGUGACACCAACCCUCUGAAUGGCCGUGCCAUCUGUACAUGCCCAGCUGGCUUCGUUGGUGGAGCUUGUAACCAAGACAUGGAUGAAUGUUCCAUCGGUGCCAACCCAUGCGAGCAUUUUGGAAAGUGUGUGAAUACAGAGGGAUCAUUCCAGUGCCAGUGUGGCCGUGGCUAUACCGGCCCUCGCUGCGAGAUCGACAUCAACGAGUGCUUGUCUAUGCCCUGUCAGAAUGAUGCCACCUGCCUUGACCGCAUCGGCCAGUUCUCCUGUAUCUGCAUGCCUGGCUAUGCUGGCACACACUGCGAGGUGGACAUAGAUGAGUGCGAGAGUAAUCCAUGUGUAAAUGAUGGCAUUUGCAGAGAUCUGGUCAACGGUUUCACCUGCACCUGUCAGCCAGGCUUCACUGGCACCAUGUGCCAGAUCGACAUUGAUGAGUGUGCCAGUACGCCCUGCCAGAAUGGAGCCAAGUGCAUCGACAGGCCCAAUGGCUACGAGUGCCGCUGUGCUGAAGGGUUUGAGGGCAGACUCUGCGAAAGCAACAUUGAUAACUGCCAGCCCGACCCUUGCCAUCAUGGCACCUGCAUCGAUGGCAUCGCCAGCUAUACCUGUAACUGCGUGCCAGGCUACACAGGCUACCGGUGUGAGAACCAGCUUAAUGAGUGCCACAGUAACCCCUGUCAGAACGGUGGCAAGUGCGUGGACCUGGUCAACAAAUACAUUUGCCAGUGCCAGCAUGGAACCUCAGGCACCAAUUGUGAAAUCAACUUUGAUGACUGCGCCAGCAACCCAUGUGACUACGGCAUCUGCAAAGACGGCAUAAAUCGUUACGAUUGUACGUGCAAACCUGGAUUCACCGGUCCAAAGUGUAACAUGGAGGUGGACGAGUGCUCGUCAAACCCUUGCCGCAAUGGAGGCACCUGCGUGGAUGAGGAGAACGGGUUCCGUUGUCUAUGUCCUGCUGGUUUCCACGAGCCAUUCUGCUACUCUCAUGUAGACGUGUGCAGCAACAGUCCGUGUGUGCAUGGAACAUGUAGAGAAGAUCCCAACGGGUAUCGCUGUGAUUGUGAUCCCGGGUGGACGGGUAAGAAUUGCGAUCUGGACCGUAACGAUUGCCUGCCCAGCCCGUGUCAGAACGCUGGCACCUGCAUUGACCAGCUCAACGGUUUUACCUGUAAAUGUCGUCAGGGCUUCAGAGGUAAUCUGUGUCAGGAAAACAUAAAUGAGUGUGCAUCCAGUCCCUGCCUGAAUCACGGCACUUGUGUAGAUGGAGUAGCAAGUUUCACCUGUCGGUGCGAACCGCCCUACAGAGGACCCACCUGUGCUGAAGAGCCAUGCUCGCCCAACCCGUGUGCAAAUAAUGCUGCAUGCAUUCACUCCCGGGACUACCUUGGCUUUAAGUGCACAUGCCCACCUGGAUGGCAAGGCCAGCUGUGCACCAUUGACACAAACGAGUGCAUCGCUAACCCGUGCAAGAAUAGAGGCACCUGUACCAACACGCCUGGCGGAUAUGUAUGCUCAUGCCGUAACGGCUACACAGGAUCUAACUGUGAAACUGACAUCAAUGACUGCCUUCCUAAUCCAUGUCUAAGCGGAGGUUCCUGUAUGGACCGAAUUAACACCUUCUACUGCACCUGCCUGCCUGGCUUCACAGGGCCUCGGUGCGCCAUCGAGGUGAAUGAGUGCCAGAGCUCCCCCUGCAAGAACGGAGGCACGUGUACUGACUAUGUCAACAGUUACACUUGCAGCUGCAAGCCAGGUUUCACCGGCCUCCACUGUGAAACCAACAUACCUGAGUGCACAGAGAGCUCUUGCUUUAAUGGUGGAACGUGUGUGGACAAGAUCAAUGGCUUUUCCUGCACCUGCCGCUCGGGAUUCACGGGCGACCACUGCCAGUACGAGGUGAAUGAAUGCGACUCACAACCUUGCCUUAAUGGAGGAGUGUGUCACGAUGGUGUGAAGACAUUUCACUGCUCCUGCCCCAAAGGAUACACUGGCAACCGCUGUCAGAUGCCCGUAGACUGGUGUCGGCGCUCAAACCCAUGCCAGAACGGUGGCCGGUGCAGACCCAAAGAUGGCUCGUUCACCUGCGACUGUGUGGGAAGCUGGUCCGGACGCUACUGUGACAUCCCAGGAGUUUCCUGUGAGGUGGCAGCUCGCCAAAGAGGUCUUCAGACAGAUGAUCUCUGCGACCACGGUGGUCACUGUGUCAACAUAGGGAACACACACUACUGCAAGUGCCCCCUUGAUUACACAGGCAGCUACUGUGAGAGUCAGGUAGACCACUGUGAGGACAAACCCUGCCUCAAUGGUGCCACCUGCAGGGGCUAUGUGGGAGGAUACACUUGUGAUUGUUUGCCAGGGUAUGACGGACAGAACUGCGAGAGGGAGAUGAACGAGUGCCAUUCUUUCCCGUGUCAGAAUGGAGGAACCUGCAUUGACCUGGUGGGCCACUACAUCUGCUCCUGCCCUCCUGGCACACGGGGUGUCUUGUGUGAGAUAAACGAGGACGACUGUGCUAUGCCAACAUGGCCCCGUGGCACAUCGAAGUGCCAGAACAAUGGCACCUGUGUUGACCGGGUGGGUGGAUACCGCUGUAACUGUCCUCCUGGGUUCACCGGAGAGCGAUGCGAGGGAGACAUUAACGAGUGCCGCUCGAACCCCUGCAACCAGGCUAACAGCCUUGAUUGCAUACAGCUGCCAAAUGAUUACCAGUGCAUCUGCAAGCCUGGUUUCACAGGUCAAGGGUGUCAAAACAGGUUCGGCGUGUGCGAUUCCCAGCCUUGUAAAAAUGGCGGCGUAUGCUCAGCGUCCAGCAGCUCUCCUGUAUUAUACAGUUGCACCUGUCAGCUUGGCUACACUGGCUUAAACUGUGAACGCAGCAUGUCCUGCCGUGAGCUCUCCUGCUAUAAUGGCGGGAGCUGCACCCAGACACAGCGUGGUGCCCGCUGCUCGUGUCUGCAAGGCUAUGCAGGCACACAAUGCCAGGAGCGUGCAUCUGAGAGUUGCUUGUCCAAGCCAUGUCGCAAUGGUGGAACAUGCAGAGAAGAGGCUUCCUUCCCCUACUUCAGCUGCCAGUGCCUUCCAGGCUGGCGAGGAAAACGCUGCGAACAGGAAUCUAUAAUGCCAGAGCUGCUGAAGCCCAUCUGCCCGCUGCCUGACUGCUAUGGCAAGGCCAAAGACGAUGUAUGUGACAAGGAAUGCAACUCGUUUGCUUGCCACUGGGACGGUGGAGACUGCUCUUUGGCCGUAAACCCAUGGGCACACUGUACUGACCCACAAUGUUGGCGUGUCUUCAACAACAGUCAGUGCGAUAACACAUGCAACACGCCUGAAUGCCUUUAUGACAAUUUCGACUGCAGGAGCAAAGAGAAAGUCUGCAAUCCCAUCUAUGAGACGUACUGUAUGGACCACUACGCCGAUGGCCGUUGUGAUCAGGGCUGUAAUAACGAAGAGUGUGGCUGGGAUGGUUUGGACUGCGCUAGAACAGUGCCAGAACAUUUGGCAGAAGGUGUGCUGGUGAUCGUGGUCCUCUUGCCACCUGACGAGCUGCUCCGCACGGGCACAGCUUUCCUGCAGAAGCUCAGCAGCAUCCUGCGUACAUCCCUCCGCUUCCGACUUGACCACAACGGAGAGGCCAUGAUCAAGCCUUACACCCGGCGAGUCAAGCGUGAGCUGCAGCCCCAUAACGAGGUUAUUGGAUCAAUCGUGUACCUGGAAAUCGAUAACCGGUUGUGCUCCCAGGACUCAGAUAACUGUUUCCCCACAGCCGAAAGUGCAGCAGAUUACCUGGGAGCUCUUUCUGCUCAGCAAAUGCUUGGAAAAUUCCCUUAUCCACUGAAAGAAGUCCGCAGUGAACGUAUAACUGACGAACCUGUGCCUGAAUGGGGCCAGCUGCUUCUAAUAGGCGUUGCGGCACUCUUCCUGAUGGUAAUUGUGGUGGUGGGAAUGCUGAUUGCCAGACGCAAACGUGAACACAGCACACUCUGGUUCCCCGAAGGCUUCUUCCUUAAGAAGGACACGAGCAGUAACAAGAACCGCAGAGAACCUGUGGGACAGGAUGCUCUGGGCAUGAAGCACAUGCCAAAGACUGUCGAAGAGUCCUUAUUAGGAGACCACAGUGACCAAUGGAUAGACACAGACUGUCCUGAGGCCAAGAGACUGAAGGUGGAGGAGCCGAGUAUUCUCUCAGACAGCGAGGACGCUGUGGACAGCAGGCAGUGGACGCAGCAUCACCUAGCGGCGGCAGACAUCCGCAUGCCACCGUCCAUGGCCCUCACACCUCCCCAGGGUGAAUUUGAUGGUGACUGCAUGGAUGUCAAUGUGCGAGGGCCAGAUGGCUUUACUCCACUGAUGCUGGCUUCAUUCUGCGGUGGAGGACUUGAGCAGGAAGUGGCAGAGGAAGAUGACUCAGAGGAGUCAUCAGCUAACAUCAUAUCAGACCUUAUCUACCAAGGGGCAUCACUGGGUGCUCAGACCGACCGGACUGGAGAAACAGCUCUUCACCUGGCUGCCCGCUAUGCUCGCGCCGAUGCUGCCAAACGCCUGCUGGAUGCCGGAGCCGAUGCCAACGCACAGGACAACACGGGUCGCACACCACUACAUGCUGCUGUGGCUGCUGAUGCUCAGGGGGUCUUCCAGAUUUUGAUCAGGACACGGGCGACAGAUUUGGAUGCGCGCAUGUACGACGGCUCCACAGCUCUAAUCCUGGCCGCUCGGUUAGCGGUGGAGGGCAUGGUGGAGGAGCUGAUCACCUGCCACGCUGAUGUUAACGCUGUUGACGAGAUUGGUAAAUCUGCAUUGCACUGGGCCGCAGCUGUGAACAAUGUUGAAGCAACGAUCGCUUUGCUGAAGAAUGGUGCCAACAAAGACAUGCAAGACCUUAAGGAGGAGACGCCACUCUUCUUGGCUGCCAGGGAGGGCAGCUGUGAGGCUGUAAAGGUGUUGUUGGCCCACUUCGCCAACCGUGAGAUUACAGACCACAUGGACCGGCUGCCUCGCGACAUCGCUCAGGAGCGCAUGCACCAUGACAUUGUGCAGCUACUGGAUGAAUACAACACAGUGCGCAGCCCGCAGAGCCACGGCGGAGCAGGACAUCACCUAGGAGGCAGCCAUGCUCUCUCACCACUCAUGUGUCCACCCGGCAGCUUCCUACCCAGUCUGAAGAACACGCCGCAGGGCAAGAAGAACCGCCGGCCAGGCGCCAAAGGGAUAGGCGGACAACACGGCAUCAGUCUAAAGGAUGCGGCGAAGGCACGGAACAAGAAGUUGACGCUUGAUAUGCAGAGUGCACUGUUAGACAGUUCAGUGACCCUGUCACCUGUGGAUUCGCUGGACUCACCACGUGGUGGUGCCAGUAACGCAGGCUAUAUCACUAACCCAGCUUCGCCAGCUGCUAUGCCCUCUCCAGGGAUCUUCCACUCGGUACCCAGUACUCCAAUGGUGCACAGUGGUAUGAUGGAUGCUGGUGGUCCUUUUACAGUUUCCUUAGCCGGUUUGAAUGAGCUGAGUCAAGCUACCCACACCUAUACUCUCAACCCUGGCCAGAUGAACUUGGGCAUGGGCAUGGUAAGCCCCGUGAGCGUGCCAUUUGACUGGCACAGCCGUGCCCCACAAACACCACAGUGCACCCAGCCUAUGGUGAGCAUGGUGCACCCGGGGACACCCGGUGCUAUGCAGCCUGCCGCUGUACUCAUGCACCAGCAGCAGGUUUUCCGUAACUCCCAGCAGCCCAUGUUACAGCCUACGCCAGUCUCCAGUACACCCACCAUCAGCCCUGUCAAGUUGCCUUCAAUUGCAGAACAGCAACAACAGCAGCUCCAUGCUCACAGCCUUUCCAACCAGCAGGCCCUGACAAGCUUGGGUGCCUCGACGCCUCCAACUCCACAGGCUCCUCAGCCUUUCUACCAGCAAACCCAGCAGAGUCAGGCACAAUCCCAGCAGCCUCAGCAGCAGCCACCUCAAACACCUGCAGUCCCACAGAGCCAGGCUGCACCUCCGCAGGUCUCCCAGGCUCCCCCAGUGCAGGUCGGUAGCAGCACUGCCAGUGCAGGAUUGGAGGAUUACCCCACUCCUCCUUCCCAACGCAGCUACACCUCCACCAUUGACGCCACACCCAAGCAUUACCUGCACGUGCCCAACGAGCACCCCUACCUGACCCCAUCCCCCGAGUCUCCAGAGCCAUGGUCCAGCCCCUCCCCUCACUGCGUUUCCGAUUGGUCUGACUCCACCCCAAGUCCGACAGUCUCCGCCCCUGCCUCUUCCCACACCCAAAUUCCUCACACUUCCGAAGCCAGUGGAAAGAUGCAGGUUUUCGCGUGAGCAGAACUUCCAGGAGUGUUUCUUUUUUUUAAAUGUCAGCCCGUUUCCAAAAUUUUAAUUGGAUGAGGAUUGACUUGGCGUUUGAUGAUUGGACAGUCUGCCAGGUGUCGUCUGCAGAGAAAACGAGUAAAGGGAAAAUUGUGUUGUCUUAAAAAGAAAAGACAAUUUAAUGAAGUAAGACGUUCUGUCACAGAUGGACUUGUGUGCGUUUUUUUAUUAUUAAAAAAAAGUAUAUGAAGAAGAAAAACCAUGUCUUUCAUUUCAAAGACUUGGGGAUGCUUUUCCUGCCACUAACAAACUUUUUAAAAAGUAGAUUAAGAGAAAAUUUGAAGGAAAAAAAUCCUUUUUUUUAUUUAUUGUCUCAAUGCAUUCCUCUAAAACUGCCUUGUGGGUGUCCUCUCGCUCUGUCUGUCUCCACUUCUGAUAGCGGUUACACUCCUUGUACAGAGGCUUGUGAUGCAGUUCUUUCAUCCUUUUCACCAUUGAAGUCACAGACAGAAAGAGCUGGACACAGCACCUCUUUUAUGUGGUAUUAUUUAUUUAGGCCAGUGUUACUCCACUAAAUUGGCAUCACAGAUUACCUAGCCAUGUUGAAAUUGUUUUAAGUUAGUGAAAUAUUUUAAUCUGAUGAACUGACCUACAGUGAACCGAUACAUUCCGUAGGAUCUAUCUAUCUUAUCUUUCUAUCUAUCUAUGUGGGGCAAUAAUGUCGAAAGGCAUUUCUGAAGCACUUCUAAGGCCGAGCGUGUAAGAUUUAAAUUGAUGGCUGCUGUUGGGGAAUUUUAUUGCAUAUAGUAAAUUACACCAGCAUUCAAGUGUUUAUUUUGAUAGCCAAGCCCACCAAGGGCCCAAUUUUUCAUUCCUUCCUUAAGCCUUUGUUCAAAGGUCAGGUAUCAACUCACUGGCUGCUCUUUUAGGCUGUGUGGGUCUCUUUUCUUUGGGGUUGUAUAAAUUUAUUUGAUGUUUUUCAUGUUUUCUUUUAUUCUGUAUGUUAUAACCUUGGUUACCUAUGGAACAUCACCAUGAUGUGAUAAGCUGUGUUUUUAUAGGCUGCUGCUUCCUGUCGCUUUACAGUGACACCUCUAUAUCACUGCCAGCAAGAGCCCUUCAUUUCACACAAUUCCAGCUUCUUAACUCGACCAGAAGAAAGAACUUUCUCAGUUAUCUUCUGACCCCUGGUCCUUUUUACAUUUCUUUUUUUUUUUUUGGUCCUGUUGGUUAAUUAUUUUACAGUUCGACCAUAUUUGUGGUUAUCGUGUCAUGUUAGUAAUCUGAACUCGUGCAUGUGUGAAUCAGGGGUGUGUGAAGGUCUGAAGUGGUGGCAAUUGGGCUGCUAGUGCUCUGUCACUCCUCAGGGAGGUGUUAUAUAGCAUGCAGUGUAGUCUGCAUCUCUAGCAGCCUCCACCCAAGCGGCCUGGAGGAUGGCGCCUGACUUGCGUGGCCUAAAUGCGCCAGUGGAGUGAACGCUGCUAUGUAGUGCUGCCCCCUGCUGUCUGAUGCAGGUAAUGGCGCUUAUUUCUCUGUAACAUCCCACCCCUUUCUCUUCCCACAGCAUAUGGCUAUAGCAGUCCGGGUUAGAUGUUCUUCAAAGUUUUUAUAACCAAAUCUGAAUGUUUGUUUCAUUAAAAAAAAAAAACUGUGGGAUUAUAUUUGCAUUCGCAUUGGAUUCACUGAACACUGAAUGAAUAGUGUGUUUGUGGGUUUGGGAAUAUAUGUAUUACAUCUGUUGGGACCUUUUUUUUUGUUCGUUUUGUUUUUACAAAAGUGGUAAACAUUGAAAUGUUUUUUUUUUAUCCAAUAGGUCUUCCUCAACGCUCUGGAAAUUUUGAAAUUCCAGCUUUUCUUUUGUACAUAUGUUAUCGCGUUUAGGUUUAAGAGAAGUCUAAUGUUUCUAAAAAAAAUGAUUAUGUACUAAAAAAAGACAAAGUAAAUGUACCUUCUAUUAGCAUUUUUUUUAAACCGAGGAUUGUGACUGAUUAUAUAUUUGUCUUCACAUUACUAGAACAGCCAUAGAUAUUUUUCUGUGUUUAUUAUUAAUUUCUGUACUUGUUUAAAAGUAGUUUAAAAAUCAUUGUAUAUAAACACUGUCUCUUUCUACAGGCAUAAAGUUGUAAAAUAAGUUACUUCUAAUAAAACAGUAGGGAACUACA